AUGGGUCUGCUCAAAUCAGCUUCAAUCUUUGCUCUGCUGUUUGCGUCCUCGACAGUCGAAGCAUUGAGCUCCAGCCUUGGUGUACGCAAGCCUAUCAGAGAGUUCGCAAAGCAAAUCGCGGAUAUCGAAGCAGGAGUCAUUUCAAGGAGAGACAUCAACCCCAGUCUACUCUAUCCCAAACACACAAUCGCGGUGCCUGUGGAUCAUUUUCACAAUGAGAGCAAAUAUGAGCCACACAGCAAUGCUACCUUUUCAUUACGCUACUGGUUCGAUGCCUCAAAUUACCAAGCCGGCGGACCUGUGAUAGUCUUGCAAUCGGGAGAGACGAGCGCCGUGGGAAGAUUGGUGUUCAUGCAAAAGGGUGUCCUCGCACAGCUAGCGAAGGCCACGCACGGUAUUGCUGUUGUGCUCGAACAUCGUUAUUACGGAGACUCCUUCCCUACUCCGGAUUUGUCGACCAAAAAUCUUCGUUUCCUAACGACUGAGCAAGCAUUGGCGGACGAGGCGUAUUUUGCUACUCAUGUCAAGUUUCCCGGCCUCGAGCGUUACGGUGACCUUACCAGCAAGACGACCGCUUACAUUUCCUACGGUGGAUCCUACGCCGGCGCCUUCAGUGCGUUCCUGCGAGUACUCUAUCCUAACAUUUUUUGGGGAUCGAUCUCGAGCUCAGGAGUCACCGAGGCGCUCUACGACUAUUGGCAGUACUUCAAUCCCAUUGCGGAAGGAGGCCCACCUCAAUGUAUCGCGACACAGAAAAAGCUAGUAAAUGUCGUGGACAAUUUGCUUCUCAAGAAAAACCGGACUUUAACCCAGCGACUGAAGGCCACUUACGGUCUUCCCAACGUCACUUACGAUAAUGACUUCGCGAAUGUCUUGAGCAAUGGCAUCAAUACUUGGCAGGAGUUAAAUUGGGACCCUGAGUCGAGCAACCCGGAAUUCUAUUACUACUGUGAUAAUGUCACUUCUUCCCGCCUACUGUACAAGUUCUCGGAGGGAGCGAGGACUAGCGUCUCGGACCUGGUCGCAAAGGGUGGUUACGGAGACGAUCCUGCUUUGGUAACAGCGGUACUCAACCAAAUCGGCUAUUUCAAUCUCACGGCAGUGGCUCCUUGCUCACAGGACGGAACGACACAAGAUCAAUGCUUCAGCCACCACAACUAUACAUUCUAUCAACAGCAGAGCUUGUCUGCCUAUCCCAUCCGGUCAUGGGCUUAUCAAUACUGUAGUCAGUGGGGCUAUUUGCAGACCGGUAACACUCCAGCUGGACAGCUGCCACUCAUUUCACGCCUGCUAGACCUCGAGUACGAAAGUAUUGUCUGCCGGGCUGGUUUCAAUAUCACAACACCGCCGGAUACCGAGGCCAUCAACAAGUACGGUGGAUAUGAUAUCAAUUAUCCUCGACUGGCUAUCAUCGAUGGAGAAUAUGACCCGUGGCGCCCGGUCACGCCACAUGGGUUUGGCUACGGCGCCAAACAGCGAUCCAGUACAUACAGUGAACCUUUCAUCCUGAUCUCGGGCGCUGUCCAUCAUUGGGACGAAAACGGCCGCUUCCCAAAUGAAACGACAUCGACCAUUCCGCCGCCAGCAAUAACGGAGACGCAAGCGAUCGAGGUUAAAUUCGUGCAGGCGUGGAUGACGGAAUGGCAACAGCGGCGGACAGGGUAUGGGCAGACGCGUGACGGCUAUGCAACAAGCUCUUUGAACAUGGCGUUGUCGUAG